UUUUUCUCUGUGACAAUAAGUACGUCUUCGUGAGAGUAAAAGAUAAAGAUCCCCGCAAUUUGCGAAUUUCGGUGUUCGCGGUAGGCCCUCUGGGGCCUCGGCCUAUAGCGUGGAGGCGGCAAACAGAGGGGUUUUUAGUGGGUACACCAUGGGUAGGGAGUCCCACAUAACCACCGGGGCUCAUCCCCACGCUUCGAUGGUGCGCACCCUGCGCUAUAUAUGCCUGGUGAACGUCUACAUAUAUACGGCUGUCAAUCCCAUUCUGUACAGCCUCAUGUCCCGCAAGUUCUCACGAGCGUUCAAGGAUCUGCUCAACGGUCAAAGACGCAACACGGUUUUUUCGUCAAGCCGCCACACCAUCACCGCUGUUUCCUGAAGUGAUACUAGGGACUGACUUGGCUGAUUAUUACAUAAUUAUUAAUUAAAUUAAAUAUAGUAGGCACUCGGUAUUCCGGCGCUCUCCAAUUCGGCACGCCCAGUAAUCCGGCAAUUAGUGACUCAGGUGACUUGCUUUGAAAUCCGGCCGUUUACACAGCCAAAGCCG